CGCAGGUAACUUUUCUGUUCCCAAGUAAAUCUAUCUAGUAGGAUUGUUUAAAGUAGGCUUUCGCAACCUUAAUGUUUUAAUAUUUACCAGCAGUUCUAGGUUUUGUUAGAAGUGUUCUCCUUAUUAAAAAAAUUAUAGGUGUAUGUAAAUCUAUUUUAUAGGUUUUCCACGAUCAGACAAUGUGACAGCUGUAAUUUGAAUAUUAUCGUUGGUUGUUUUCAUUUAGAAUUAAACUGUAGGAAUCAAGAACAUUCUAUUAUAGCUCCUAAGUUGUAGAAUUAUAUUUAUGUGAUAUAAUAUUCUGAAUCACCAAGAGUCAGACAAACUCUUGUUUGUCGUUCAUCUUGUAAAUGUCGGGGGAUCAUUUAUCGAAAGCAACAGUUGUCCCUGAUACUAGCGGCUCAGCAAGCGGCGAACUUACAUCCUAUGAUCAAAUCAUGGCGAACGAUCCAUCAGAAUUUGAUGAGGAAGACGAAGAUGUUGUUAUUGCUGGCAGCGAGCUUUACGAGGUUUUAUCUAAAAUGGGGUACACUGACUAUGAAGUCGCCCCUAUUCUCCACCGAGAAUCAUCUCCCACACCUGUUACAGAGUCGGAGAAGCCAGCUGGAAUUUGUGAGCACUUGCAGAACCAAUUAUCUGGCAUAUAUUGGUGUCUAACAAAAGAUGAUGAAGCAGUCAGAAAAUCAAUAGAUAUCAUAUCUGAAUCGCAGAAUCUUCUCGAUGAUCAUACAGCGCAAAUAAAAACUCUCUUCGAUAACUGUCGUCAGUCUGAUUUUAGGAGUCUCGGCAGCGUAUUACCGUAUCUACAAUAUUCGGCAGCUGUAGCUGGAGUAUAUUGUUUCGUGAAAAAUUCAAAUCCAUAUACUUUGUUGAGUAGUGUGCCGGUAUUUUUGACUGUACAACAUAAGUAUGCUAGGUGGAAAACGGAUCGAAAUUUGAAAAUAUUAAUAUCUGAACAAUCGGAACUCCAUUACACCUUUAAAAGAGCACUGAGGAUUCUAAAUAACUAUUACAAAAUCAACGUUGGUUUCAAUAGAGCGAAAUCUGAAUUCAAUAAUUUUGUCGUUGAGAAAAUUGCUUUCCUGCAACCGAUUACUGAAAGAGCACUCAAAUCCCUUGGUGUUAUAUCAAGUUCGUAUUAUAAAACGACGUUAGAUCUCUUAAAACUGAUACCAAAAUCAUACCAGGAUGAUGCCGAUCCUUGGAUUACCUAUUUUGAGAAAGAUGAAUUUACUAAUUGCGGAGAAACGUCUUAUGAACGUUUAAAGCAACUAUUCUACAAGUAUAUCCUCGUACAGUCAGAAAUGUUGUUAACACUAGCAGUUUUGGUUUCGCAAAACAAAGUGUUCAGCAUUUGCGAAACAAUCAAGUACGCAAGAUUCAUAGAUAAACGUAUCGAACAGCUCAUUGAACUGACGAAAAAACACAGAAUUGCCAUGAUGACAAUCGUCGAUGAUUUUAACAACUGUAAAUUAAGAACGAUCCAGAAUAAGCAUAGAGGAUUUCCAGGAUCAAAGUGGCAAGACCUUUACGUUGGUCUACACAUGACGUCUGAAAAAAUGGAAAAGGCGUAUAACAGUCUUUGCUCUGUGCUCCAGGAUAUCGAAAGCCAUUUGGACAGAAAAACCGAUGAAACGGAGCUUUUAGUAACUUUAACGGAAAAGAUCAAUGAUCUUUGUAAGGGCGUUGAUGAGAUGAGGGACUUUGCUCAUCUUAGUUCAUUGAUAGUUACCAAAAUGGGAAAAGCGUCUUCCGCAGGUGACCGAGAACUGGCACACGACGAAUCUACAAAAAGUCAUCAGUCAGACGUACGAAUAAUCAAAGACACCGAUCCAGAAAUAAUUGAUGAAGUAUUCGAAGAAUAUAUCCGCGAGCGUUACUCGGAAGCCAUGCUUAAUGAGAAAAAGGACGAUUACGAAGAAGUGAAUCACAAGCUCGAUAAAUUGGUGUCGAAAAAUCUGAUGAGUGAAUUGCGGGAAGCUCUGAUUGAUAAGAAGAAAGAGACCGAAAAAAGAGAAUCUGAAGCCUUGGAGCGCAUGAAAAAGAUGGAUCUAGAUUCCCCAGAAGAAUUGACCCCGAGAAAUCAAGAUUCAGCAAAUCUUUCGACUGCUUCGGACUCCGAGUCUGAAAACGAUUCAAAAAGGUGUCUGCAUUCUGUGCCCUUGAGAUUACCAGCACGCGAAGACGUGAAAAGCGAAAUGAGAACCUCCUUCGAAGAUGCAGCCACGACGGAAUUACUAGAACCAAAAGUCAUUUCCAUUCCCCCGCCUCCUCCUCCACCACCAGCAAUGAUUCCAACUUUCAAUCAAUCAAUAUUCGAUGUUGCUGAAGAAAAAACGAAAGACAACGAACACGAUUCGGAAUUUAGAUGCCGCGUCCCUUUACCGACACCGCGAAGCUUUAUAUUGCCUACAUUUUUAUCUAAUAAUGAGGAAACUUUUAUUGGCAGUGGCGAGAAUUCUGAGGAAGAACUUGUCGAGAGUGAACCUGAGGAUGAAGAAAAAGUCGAAGAUUAAAGCUCUAAAUUCUCUACCAUUAUUUUCCUUCGUCAAAAACGAUUAUCAAUGGAUAACAGAUGCUAUGAAUGUAAAUAAAUCGAAUGUACAAAACCGA